CAAUAAAUCAGCAUGCAGGAGCUGAGAGCUCUGCCCUUGAAGAGAUGCACAGUGACCUUGCUUCUGCUUACUCUGGCCGAGUAACCAGGGGGUGGGGGGGAAACGUAGGAUCCCAGAUAGUGAGUGGUGCCUGACUACGGGCACUGCAUUCUGCAUGCAAAUCCUACAGUGUGGAGCACGGGGAACGGCCGGCAGGCUGCUGCACAGAAUGCAGCUCUCCUGACCAGAUUGCUGCUGUUGUUUGGUUUGCUUUUUUGUUUUGGUUUGGUUUUUUUUUGGUGGUGGCUUUUUGUGGUGUUUUUUCUUUUAUUUUGCAGGGGACUGAAAGAAAUCCUAAUGAUCCUUACACGCUCGUUCAGUAAUAGCACACCCCAGUCACGUCUCCUUGCAAGCACAUUUUGUUGGAAUCACUGAGCAGAAGCAAAGAGGAGCUGACGAGUAUGUGUUUCCAACGCGCGUCGCCGGAGUCCUGUGUUUGCCAUUGGCUGCAGUUUUCUGGUGUAUUUGCAGCUUCCCCCAUCUGGAAUACGAAAAUGGGAUUGAAGUAGAUAAUUGCUAGCAGUGGGUUUUCAAGAGAGGCUGAGAGGCAGCAGAAUGCCUCCUGCACAGCACAGGCUGCCUGCGCUGAGAGAGCUCUGAGAGAUGAUUUUAGAUGUUACCCACGGCUGAAUCUCCUGGAAACUUUACCGUGGAAGCGAGACGUUGCGCACAAUCCUGGAGCUAGCACCCAAAAGGGGCAAGGAAGGGGCAGCAGGGCCAAACAAUGGGAUACCAUCUCUUUGGAUUGCUCCCAGAAAAGCCAGCAAACGUUCCCCUCUGCUUCCCAGCAAAAAAGCAACAAUGAACUGAAUUUUACCCAGGAGAGCUUCAGUAGCUUUUAGUAAGGAUGGGAUACACUGACCCUUCGUCGAGCAGAGAUUUGCUGGGAAACAGAACUUUGUUCUUCAUAUUCAUCUGCGCCUUUGCUGUGGUCACCUUGCUGCAGCAGAUCCUCUAUGGGAGAAACUAUCUCAAAAGAGGGCUGCAGUUUAGCUGGCAGAAUCGAGAGGAAUUGGCAAAUUGGACCGGCACCUUUAAUUUCACGGAUGACGGAGCAGUGAAGAGUGGCAGUGACAGAGGCACCAGGUAUUUUGAGUUUUAUGAAGGGCCUUUGGAAUACAACUCUACCAAAUGCCUGGAAUUGCGGCAGGACAUCAUUGAGGUGAAGGUUUUGUCUAUGGUGAAACAAACAGAAUUGUUUGACAGAUGGAAGAGCCUACAGAUGUGCAAAUGGGAGAUGAAUGUCACAGAAGCUAAUUUAUUCAAAUCUACUUUGUCAAGGUGUUGCAAUGCUCCUGCCUUUCUCUUCACCACCCAGAAAAACACUCCUUUGGGUACUAAGCUGAAAUAUGAAGUGGAUACUAGUGGGAUCUUCCAUAUCAACCAAGAGAUCUUCAAGAUGUUCCCAAAGGAUAUGCCGUACCACCGCUCCCAGUUUAAGAAGUGUGCCGUGGUUGGGAAUGGAGGAAUCCUGAAGAACAGCAGAUGUGGCCGGGAGAUCGACAGCGCAGACUUCGUGUUCCGAUGCAAUUUGCCUCCUAUAUCUGAGAAAUACUUCACGGAUGUUGGGGUGAAGACGGAUGUUGUGACUGUCAAUCCCAGUAUAAUUACUGAGAGAUUCCAUAAGCUGGAGAAAUGGAGGAAACCCUUCUACAACGUCCUCCAGGUCUACGAGAACGCGUCCGUGCUGCUGCCAGCUUUCUACAACACCCGCAACACGGACGUUUCCAUCCGGGUCAAAUAUGUCCUGGAUGAUUUUGAAUCUCAGCAAGCUGUUUAUUACUUUCACCCCCAGUAUCUCAUCAACGUCUCCCGCUACUGGCUCGGCCUGGGGGUGCGGGCCAAGCGGAUUAGCACUGGGCUGAUCCUGGUGACUGCUGCCCUGGAGCUCUGUGAAGAGGUCCACCUUUUUGGCUUUUGGGCCUUCCCCAUGAACCCCUCAGGGAUUUUUAUAACUCACCACUACUACGACAAUGUGAAACCUCGCCCUGGUUUUCAUGCUAUGCCCUCAGAAAUUUUCAACUUCCUCCACAUGCACAGCAAGGGGAUCCUACGGGUUCAUACAGGGACCUGUAGCUGCUGUUGACAGGGGCACUUCUUCCUCUGACACAAAAGUGUGGCAGGAACUUGAUGCCUCUGUAUGGUGUGGGAAGUUUUAUUACACCCCGAGAUUAUGCAAUAAUUAUUUGAUAUCAGUUUCCUCAAGGCAUUGCAUCCCAUAGGAUCCCAGCAUUUUUCCUGCUAGCAGUUUGGGUCCGUAGUAGUGUAGGAGAAGCAAAACUCUUCUGUCCCAGGGUAUACACUGCCUUGGAAACCAAGUCAGAUUAGAGGCACAUUUCCAAUAGGUUUAGGGACAAACAGAGCACAUUAGUAUAGUUAUAAUUUCACUAUGAAGAAAAGCACCAAACUUUUGAGGAGAAUCAGUGAUGGAGAUUUUUAGCAUAGACUUUACAUCCGUCGCUGAAUCAAGUACCUUGAGGCAUUGCCUGAUUUUAUUGAAAGCACUGUUCUCAUGCAUUUGGGGUUUUGAAAAUACUCUCUAGCAUUAUACUUUUAAGGGGAAGUAUGUAAGUUGAGUUCUUUGUUCUGUGUAAGUCACAAAGUAUUGGUGAAAAACAGCAGACUGAUGUGAUAGGAAUAAAGAAGGUGACUUAGUGAAAUUUUUCAGCCAGGAUAGAAGCACCCAUUCAGAGCAACAGCUAACUGUGUUGAUCAUAUUGUGCAAUUAUUUUAGAGUUUCUUUCUUCUUCCUUCUUGUGUUUUAUAUUUCUGAUCCCCUCUGCUGAUUAUGUUUUUUUCCUCAUUGUCUGUAAGGCUUUCCCACUAGCUAAUACCUGAGCAAUGUGUGUGCUUUCUCCUGCAGUGACCAUCUCAGCUUCAGAUUGGAGUUGUUACUGAAGAAACAUGUUCCUUCACACUUCUGCAAGUUAUUCUUGGGCUGAAUGGCAAGGGGACUACCAUAGUUAUAUUUUCUGACUUGAUUUUUUUGGUUCAAAUACCACAGCAUAAGAUAGAAAAAAACAUUUGAUCAUUUAUUUUUAUUAAAGACUUGGUAAGAGUAUCUGAAUGUUGGUUCACAGUUGUGCAGGCUGAGUUAAAUGCUUUCAGGUAUCUGUGAUAAGUACUGGUAGGAAAUGAAGUUAAAUUACAGUGAAGAUACUUUAUUACUUGGAUUAUUGUGCUUAUUUUAAAAUUAUAUAUCUCAAGAUGUGAAGUGUCUUAACAUGGCAUUUUCAUGUGUAGAGAAUGUUGUUAGGAGAGUAAAAGGGCUGGUGUAUUCUUUGAAAUGUUACCAAUGUAAUUCUGUCAGUUAGUCCAAGCUUAAUUUUUCCCCUGAUACAGUUAAACUGGCAAAAUCCUGAUGUAGGAAAGAUGCCACAUGUGGCUGGAGCUUAUUUUGGCUGCUGAUUUGUGGUUCGGUAGGCUGGUGAUAUAUGCCCUUUCAGACUGGUAAGUCUGUGCACACAGGAGGGUCAGGUUUGCUGUAUCAGUUCUGCUGGCAUAGUUAAAAAUGAAGAGUUUACUUACAUACCUUCUUAGUCUGAAGCACUUGGGCUGUUGUUGUCCAGUGCCUUGUCUUGUCGUACUUAAAUUACAAGAUCUUUGAUCCAGGAUUUGGUGUGUAAAGUGCUAGUUCUGUAUGAGGGAUGCUUUUCUUUUGGGAGGGAGGGGAUUUAAAUCCAAAUCUCAAGUUGGACUUUGGUUCUGUAAUGCAUGAAUGCACAAAGCUUCUUUUAAAAGCUUCUUAGUGAUGCUCAGAGCUGUGGAAGUUGCUCACACAACUGAUAAAAUGUCCAAGAAAGACAUGAAGCACGAUGGUCAAAAGUCCCUACUGACCAGCAAUGACCUGGACGGUGUGUGAAAGUGUUCUUUCCUUAACUUUACACUAGACUCCAGAGGUCUUUUGACUUUAAAAGCAACCAAUAUCCUUGAUAAAGAUGUCAGAGCUCAGCUGGGAAAUACCAGCCAGGGGUAGGUGAAGGACCUGUGCUUAAGCUUUAUGUGUUUGUGAGUUAGAUUGUGUGUUAGUGAGCACCACCUCAUAUCAGCUAGCUGCAACAUAUGCAGCACACCAAGAAUGAUCUUGUAGAUGAGAUGUUUUCCUUGAUUUAAUAUGCAAAAGAGAUCUUUGUCUUUGCUGUGUUUUGUAAAUUUCUGUGUUAAGGGCUUUGAUAAUGAAGUGCUGUAAUGAAAGUGCUAUUUAGAGAGCAAUGUAACCCCGUGGGUUGGCCAUCUUGCUGUGCAUUAAGCUUUAGGAUAACAGGAAUGACACUGAAGCUGGUACCUAGAGACCUUACUCUUUGUUAUGCCUGAGUAUGGGACUAGUAGUGACUUCAGUAUUGCUUUGCUGCUGCUUUUCUAAGGUCACCUUCUUUAACAGGGGAUUUUUCUUUCCUGUGGUGAUAGAAGCAAACAAAAGCAUCUGGUGGUGGUAGGUGACAGGUUGGACUUGCUGAUCUCAGAGGUCUUUUCCAGCCUCAAUAAUUCUGUGAUUCUGUGUUGCAAAAGAUACUUCUGAAAAAGAUGGGAAAGCACUUGAGAAGCAUCCAUAUGUUGGAAAGAAAUGGUGCAAAAACCCUCUUUGUAAUUAUGAAAAAUCCUUUCGGACAUUUUUGGACACAGAAAAGGAUGAGUAAAACUGUAAUUACAGUUAACAAAUUACAGAGUCACAGACAUUUCCUUUCCUUUGUUUGCUUCAUAUAAAUAAGUGAUGUAAAUUCACCUAGAAUACACUGUAAUAAGUGCAGAUUUACUGUGUUUAGAUUUUGAUCAGUUAUAAAUAUAUAGCUACUAUAUUUUUUUAAUGAGUUAAAAAUGUGUCUGCAGGAUACUUGCACGUAUGCACCAAAGGCCCAAUCUUGCCACAUUUGUCUGAAAAGAGCUCCCAUUUAACUGGAUGGGUGUUUUAUUCCUGUAGGGAUUGUAGAAACUGGCUCAGAUGUGUCUGUGCAGGUGGACAUGGUGUAUAGUUAGAUAUGAGAAGUGAUCUGCAAGCCAGAAAGAUACUUCAAUAUAUAUAAAACAGUCCUUGAGAAGACAUACAUGUUGCAAUGUGUUUACUUUCUGGUUAAUUUUUCAGGUUGUGCUCAAAUAAUGAUUGAGAAACUACAGCAUUUGUCAGAAAUGCCACAUGCAGGAGCUUUCAGAGAUUUUUUUUGGCCUCCCUACCUUGCACAGGGUGCUGGAAAAUCAGAUUCCUGCCCCUGUGGGGCUGAGUGGAAAGGCUGUGGUGGCAGCUUGCUGGAGCAGGAUCAGGGGAUGGAUCCAACCUGCUGCCCUGUUCUCCAUGGGUAGCAAAUAAAUACUGCCCAGGAGAUUUUAGCUGUGCAAGGUCACUCCCUGUGCUGUGUCACUGUGGGGUGAGUGAGCCAGCAUUGACCAGCCUGAGCUUCUGCCAUCCUGCUUACAUGGACAAAGAGAAGGGCUGUUGCAGAAAGGACUCCUUGUUUUCUGCUAUCAUUCUUUUGUAUACUGAGCAUAAGAAAAUACUCUUUUUGGCAUUAAGAAUUUGUUUAAGGUUGAGGCAGUUUUGUUUCCUCUUCUCCUAUGCGGUCAAAGCUCCAAGUGUCCAACCUGAACCUUCUCUGAGCAGUGGGAUACUUGAGUGAUAAGAAGUGGCUGCCAGGAAGCCUGGCGUGUGUGCUGCACAGUGCUAUGGCAAGUAAAAGGAGUGCACAGCAUGUCGUGCUUCCUCCGAAAAGGCUGCAGGGCCCUCAGAAAUCCCCUGGUACAAAAGUCUGAACUAGCCAAGAGGAAAUGCUGUCAGCUGUCUGGUCCCUGAGCUCAAGCUGCAAUCCCAGCUCUGUUGCUGAGGUUAUGAAAUCUGCAGCAGGGAGAGAGAAAAUUAUAAUAUUAAGGUUUAAUCCCCAACUCCAUAUUAUUUCAGAAUCUUUCAAGAAGUCCCUGGGAUCUGCAUACACUGGCAAUGCAAAUUGAGUCUGAAAAAUGUGACUAAGACUGCUUCUCCUUUCUUGUCAGGAGGAAGCUUAGGAAUCUGCCAGUACUUUCAUCAAAGGGAAGGAAGUAUUUAGUGGAAAUAGUUUAGCUGCUUGCUUUUGAUUUAUGAAAUCCAGCUUUGCUGUUGGACAGAAUGGAUUAAAUGGUGAUAGGGCCAUUAUAAUAUUUUAGCAUAUUUCCUGUGCUUGCAACAGGGUUGUGAAAGCCAGCUCGUGACUUGCAAAGGGAGAGCUGUGCUGUGGCAGCUCCUCCUGCUGCCAUCUUGGCAAGGAGAAGCACCACAAUGAGUAGAUUCAUGAUGGAAAGGGAAUAUGGGAGAGUGCAGCCACAGCUCUGGUUUGGGGACUUCGGUGCUGUGCAGUAACGUGACAGUGAUGAUAGAUUCACAGCUUGCAAAGGCCACAAGUAUCUCCCCUUCUCCCUGAAAAAAGCUGUCCCCACGCAGCCUCAACUGAUGGUAAAUUAAAGGUGGUGUUGACUCAGGAUGGUGAGAUGUAGCAGAUGGAAGGAAAUAAACUCUAAGAAUGGUCUGUUCUGUGGGGGCUUGGUCAGUCAGCGGAAAUGUUGCUCAGACCUUCAAGGCAAAACCAGCGGUGGUGACACAGCUGCGUGGGCAGCCUGUCCUUGCUUGGCUUUACAUGGCAGGAAGGAGCAGUCCCUGGCUAGUGUGUGAGGGAAGCUGGCAUGGAUGAAACAGUGAGAUGUGGAGUGAGAGGGAAUCUGUCCAUUUUAAUCUUCUGAGUCCUGGUGGGUUCUCAGCAAAGCUCUGGUUGUGAAAAGCAGAAGCUUGGGCAGUGAAAUCAGAGAGCCCUGAAAUCGUCCUUUCCCCCAUCUUGCUUGUAUCCGAGUGUGCAGAGAACUUUGGAGCUUUUACACGUAUAUGAAGAAGGGAACAUAUCAAAAGUCAGCAGUCCCAAAGGGCCAGAUUCCCUGGGAAACUCGGGAGAGAGCUGAGGUUUUAGGAAUAAAGGAGUCAAUAUUUAUGCUUAGGGCCUUUUCCAAAACCCAGUGAAGUCAGUGGGAAAUUCAGAGCAAGCCUCCAGAAAUGGGCUCUGAGCAGCCUCUUCUUUCUUACUCACUUGAUUUCAGAUAAUUUUUAAAGAUAUUGUAGACAUGGUGCAGUAGCAAUGUUAUGUCUUUAACGGUGUGUGUAAAGGACAAACUUAUCUGGAAGCAGAAAUGUUGUGACUGCCACCCUCCCUUCAGAUUUCAGCACUUUUCAUCUUUCCAAACUCAUCUAUGCAAAGCGUUUCAUCGUGGUUGUGUAAAUCUCCACAUCAAGUCACAAAUGAACCCUCUGUACCCAACUGCACGUGUGCGAAUCACAGGCCUCAAGAAAAGAGGAUUUCUUUAAUUUAUUAAUUUUUUUCCUGCUUGCUUUAAAAUAGCAGUGUAGAAUUCAUCAGUGAUAUGAAUGUGUUCAAGGCAGGAUUCAGCCCAUUCCCUUUGAAGCCAGCACAACAUUUGCCUUUGGCUUCAACAGAAAAAAAAAACCAACAACACAACAUCGGGUCCAAUGCUUGUAAGUUAAGGGGAUAACCUGCAUCUCCCAAAAACCCCUCCCAGAAUAUUGUCAUUUUAUGCCUUACUAUCAUCCUGCCUAGUGUGGGUGAGGCUGCUGGGCAACCCUGUGUUUUCUGCAUGGUGUUAAAAAUCACGAAGCAAUUGUACUUAAGCGCUUUUUAAGAUAAACUUGAGGCGAAUCCAAACGUACACUGAGCAUUAGAGUGAGAGAGGUUGUGUCCCAGCACCUCCAGGGCUCCCCAAAAGCCCUGAUCAUCUGAGAAACAUCACAAAUGUGGGACUGGACCAGAGUGGAAAGCUUGAAGACAAAUCUGCCUCAGCGCUUCAAGGACUGAAAGCUGUAAAUAUGUUACCAAUGUGUCUGACUUUCCCUUUAGAAGCCAUAAAUGUUCUUGGUGUUUGAUCUUCUGGGUAAGUUGAUGUACGUUUUUAACUGUACUAAUCACUGUAAAAUGUGUUAGCAUGUGAAAAUGGUGACAAAUUAAGCCAGCCAGCAAAGUCAGAUAUUGUGUUGGCUAGUUCCUGAAGUGUCUGUUCUACCUGAAACUCUCUGAUGGACCAAGGUGCUGAAGUAUCUCCAAUGCUCCAUAUGGCUUGUGAAGACUCCAGUUGUUACCUGUUUUAGCAGUGGUGAGCAAGCAGAAUUUAGUUAACCCCUGUGUGUUGGCCAAGUGAUACACAUUGUCAUGUGGCACUAGAGCCUGUCCCUUUACAGAUGAGCAAAGCUGCCUGUACCUGCUCCAUCUGGGUCCAGACAUGGUGAGCUUUGCUUCCUUUCUGGGUGCCCUUUAUUGUCAACACUGAGGUCCCUGCUCCAACCUCUGCAUUCAGCCUGUGUAAAUGGGACUGAACAGCUGCUGCCUGUUGAAUAUGCCCCCAGUUUUCACUUAGUGGAAAACAAAGGCUUAGUUUGGAAAUACUGGAUUGAAACUGUGUGUCUUCACGCUAGGGGAGCUUGGGCUAUUACACAAAUAAAGCUUGUUUCAUGCUUGUUAUUUCUGUAAGGUGGUGAUGGUGGGGUGGAGAACUCCAAGCAGAGUCAUGGUAGUUUCAUGCUGAUGUUAAACCUUCGUGUCCAUUGACUCACCGUUCUUUUUUUCAACCUUAACACCCUGUGAUUUUUGCUUAUUAUUUCUGUAGCUGUAUUAUGGUUGUAAUAGAAAGCCUAUCAAUUGAUGUAAGCCAUAACUAAAACAGUAAUCAGGGUAUUUUUUUGGUCUGUGUCACUGUAUUUGAAAGAUUAUUUAAUUCUAUCGAAUAAACCACUUUAACAGUUUUAUGGGAAAGGCAA